AUGGCUUUAUCAAAAAGCAGCAAUGAUACAUUUGUGAAUGAGUUCAUUCUGACUGGUUUCUCAAGAAGACCUGACCUACAGAUAGUAUUUUUCUUAGUCUUUUUAUCUAUAUAUUUAAUAACACUUUUGGGUAACUUGCUGAUUGUCUUUGCUGUAUGUCAUAAUGAGAGGCUGAAAACACCCAUGUAUUAUUUCUUAUGUAGUCUAUCAAUACUAGACGUGUGUUUGUCUUCUGAUAUUGCCCCUAAUAUGUUAUCAAACUUACUCUCUGAACAGAAGACAAUAUCCUAUGCUGGCUGUUUUGUACAGCUUUACUUUUUCUGUGUUCUUGGAAGUACUGAAUGCAUUCUGUUUGCAGUGAUGGCUUAUGACCGUUAUGUGGCAAUCUGUAACCCAUUAAACUAUAUCUUGGUAAUGCAGAAGAAGACCUGCCUGGGACUUAUAUGUGGAGCUUAUAUGGCUGGUGUCGUUCAUUCUCUCAUUGAGGUUUCUUGCACCUUGCAGCUUUCCUUUUGUGCCUCCAAUGUCCUUCACCAUUUUGCCUGUGAUUUUCCCCCGUUACUAAGUAUUUCAUGUACAGACACUACUAUUAAUGAAUUUGUCCUCUUCAUCUUUUCUUCUCUUAUUACUGUACCUUCUAUACUGGUCAUUAUUGUGUCAUAUGUCUCCAUAAUUGUAUGUGUUUUAAAGAUAAAAAGUGCAAAUGGAGGACUAAAAGCCUUUUCGACUUGUGCAUCCCACAUAACAGCAGUGACACUAUGUUAUGGAACAACUCUGUAUGUAUAUUUAAGUCCUAAAUCAGAGUCCACAGUUGAAAACAGGAGUGUUGCCACUGUUUUCUACUCUGUUGUAAUACCUAUGUUAAAUCCAAUUAUUUACAGUUUAAGAAAUAAAGAUAUUCAUAUGGCUGUGAAAAUAAUGUUCCAAAGUAAAAUGAAUUUUUAG